AUGGCUGCGCAAACGAGUUCCAGUACCGCCGAUCCAAGUUACGAUUACGACCCUCGAAGCGACGCUGCGCUGUCGUCGCCGACCUCGACUCCCGAAUCGACGCCGUUCCAGUCGCUGGCCGACCAAAGCUCGACGCCGCUCAGCAUGAUUGACGACUCAUGGACGAUGGACGCGGGCAGCAGCAACCUGAAGAUGCAUUCCGCAGGUGGUGUUGCAGCAGGUGGUUCCGCUGGUGCUGGCGCCGGCGUGGGUGGCUGCAAGCCCACAGGUGAGACGGGCCAAUUGCCAGUGGGUCGGGGGCGGGCCUCGGCCACUGCGCACAGCGGUCAUGGCCCCUGUGUCUCUGAUUCUGCUGCUGGUGAUUCUGAUUCUGAUGCGCUUCGUGCCGUGUCUGCAUGUCGACCGGGUGUUGUCCCUGACUCGAAUGAUUCAGAUGGAUGUGUCCGCGAUCGCCAGAGCCAGGACCACCGAAAUAGCGACAGCGACAGCAACCUGCAGCAGUCGGUGCUCAUCUCGCCAACUGCCUUCUUCUCGUCGUCCCGAAAUAGCCCCAGCCUCAUCGGCGCAUCCGCGGUCAGGGGCCAGCAAUACGAAGUCGCCCCAGUGCCAGUGCCAGCAAUUGACCACUCCAGAGCUCGCAGCGCCACCCGCAGCAACGCCUCAGCACCCACCUCAGCGCCCACCGUCACCGCAUCCACUCCCCCGUUUGCAUCCUCCACCUCUGCGUCCCCUGGACACGUUGGACACGCCGUGCCCGUUGCCCUCGACCAGAUCCCCGAGGACCGUGCCUCCUCACACGACUCUGCCUCCAUCUCAACGUCUCCCGUGCGCGUCAGCAGCGUGCAGCCUCACACCCGACGAGCCCAGCCGCGGCCCAACCGACCCAUCGUCCGCACCACCUCCGACUCCGACUCCCUUGCCAUCAAGCACCCGACCCCCGACAUCAAUCCCCGGUUCGGCGCCUACGUUGGCAACAUCGCCCAGCUCGAGGCCACUGCUGAGCGUCUGUCUAUGACUAGUUCCAUUGACGAUGCUAUCCGAGACCUCCACGGCGAACUAAAGCGAAGCGACUCCCGACGUUCCUCCAUCCUUGCUGCCCACGUUAAAUCCAACUCCAUCGACGACUUCGCCAGCAACUCCGGCUCCGCUGUCGAGCAUCUCAAACGCAACCCCUCCAUCUCCUCCUCCAUCGUCUCGACCAACAACGCCGCGCGACACGGUGGCUACUCCCCUGGCGGGUUUGUUAUGUCCCCGAGCCAUUCUCUUACUGGCCGUCUUCGUUCCGGAUCCAAAAAUUCGUCGGGUCGACCAGAAAUCGACGUCGAAUCCGUCCUAUCACGCCACGGCCCCGGCAAGGCCUCCGUCAGAAGUGUCCGAUCUACAAAAAUGUCAUUGGCCGAGAUAUCCGAGUCGGAGCCCAUCGCUCUGACCCAGGAUGUCCUCGAUAAGGCCGAUUCGUCCCCUCCCCUUAAGAGCGCCCAGAACGACUCCCACCUCCCCGUCGAACUUCGAGAUGCAAACAUGCCCACUACCGACGUUUUCCACAACAUGAUGGGAGACGAUGACUUCCUCCAGAAGGAAAAGGCCGACGCCCCACCCGAACUGUCCAGAGGGAUGGAGCCCGACCACGACCAUCAGCGGCCGGGUACAUCCCGUUCCGACACCACCUUCCAGCAGUGCCAGGACGCCUUUGGCGAUUUUGAUGGAGUGCACUGGGACGAGACAGAGGGUGAUCAUUAUUCGCCUCAAGAACCUGAGAUUCCUGUAAUGCCUGCUCCCCUACCACGAGCCGUUCCUCAGAGCAUGGCCCGACCGCAGUCCUACAUGGACCCUGAGUCUGGACAGCAAAUGCUCUACUAUCCCGCGCGUGUCCCUGCGAUGCUCAACCUACCACCAAAGCUAUCACACAAGCCAAAGUCUGACAGAGACAACCGACGCUCUCAGGUCCUCAGUGUCAUGAUGGAUAACCGACAAUCCCGCGCAAUCGACUUGGGUGGAAACCGACAAUCAUCCAAUCACCGACAAUCUCGGUUCCUCGAUUCGCCUACCAAGACCCACCAACGUGACUCCUGGCUGCCCGAUCCUCUGGCAGGUCACCGGGAGUCAUUCGCCGCCCUGUCAUCAGACGAGCUUGGCAUGACUCCCGCCGCGGAAAUCCGAUCUGUACAUUCUAGCCACGAAGGAGACCGUGUGGCUCAACCUGAGAUCCAGCCUGAGACCGAGCCACUGCGGCGUCCUCAAAAACUGUCUCGGAUGGAUCCGGAUAAACAAAGGUCGAGAAUGUCAAAUCUGCCUCCGCAACUCAGAGCCAGUGCUUAUUUCGACAUUCCUUCUACGACCGCCCCUGAGAUUGAAGUCAAGGACGGAUCUGCCAUGGCCACCCUCGACAGCAUCCUUGAUGCUUCGGCCCACGCCCCGGUCAGCGCCUUUACGGACCACAACUACGCUGGCAAGCUUGGCAACGAGAUUUACGGAAAAGAAAAGAAACGUGGCUCCGUCGCCGCGUCUGCGAUGCUUCGCCCCGUGUCUGCCGAGCAACCCAAGAAGCGAGCCUCGUUCAUGUGGCUGGGCAAGCGUCACAGUCACGCAAGCGAUGACAAGGACCCGCGAACUAGCGACGAGGAUGCCUCCAGGAUGGGACCCGUCAACUCCGAUACCCGAGCCGGCGAGGACGAGGCUCUCACCCCAAGAAGCCACGAUAGCCGCAGCGUUCGAUCCGAUGAUGACGAGCAAAUGGAGGAAGAGGGAGAGGAAGAGGAGAUGUCUGAAGAAGAGGAAUACUACGGACCUCCCACAACGCUCCUUGCCGAACUGCAGCUUCGCAAGCAGCAGCAGAAGGAGCGAACUCAGCGACAGUUCCCCGGCGGAAUGCACGCCACCCUUUUGGAGAUGGAUGCUGUCGCAGAGACCCAGAGGCUUCACAGGAAUGCUCGGCGUGUGAAUCUGGCGUGGGAGGAUGCCGAGGGCAACCUACAUGAUAGUAACUCGGAUGACGAAGACACUCCUUUGGCCAUUAUUGCGGCUCGGAACCAAGGCGCCCAAAACGUCAUGGAUUUGAACCGUCCUAUUGGUCUCAUGGAGCGUCGCGAGCUGGAGGAUAAUGAGCCUCUCAGCCACCGCCGAGCCCGUCUGCACGGACAGGAUCCCAGGACCCUCAUGGUCCAGAACCGCCCAAGCAUGCCAAACUUGCAGGGCGACGGCAGUGGAGUCCAUCUCCCGAGAUCGCCUCACUCGGCCCAGGACAUGGCCCCUGAGUCUGACGAGGACGAAAUCGAGGAGACGCUCGCUGACAGGAAGAAGCGCCUCGCCGCCAAGGAUGAGGCUGAGAAUCCUCUACCCCGAGCCCGUCCAGUCAGUAGUGUCUUCACUGCUGAGCUGCUUGGCCAGUUUGGCGAUCUCGAUGAGGGCAAGAACAAGGAGAAAGAGGCCAAGCCCGCUGGAGAUGAGACCCUGGGCCAGCGUCGUCGCCGCCUCCAGGCUGAGCGUGAAGCCCGCGAGCGUGAGAUGAGCUUCAACCAGCUGGCUGGGCCUCAAGAGACCGAAACACAGCCGCCUACCAUGAAGCUACGGAUGAACAUGGCCAAUGUGCUCGCAGCCCACCCGAAGAGGGACGUCGACUUCCGAGCCCAGGAGGAGAGGCAACGCAUGGAGGCAGAGAACCGCGCCGCAAGAGAGCGAGACGCCAAGAUGGCUGCCAUCAGAAACCAGAUGCCCACCAGCCUGGACUUCCCCAGCAACGAGCGAUCCGGUGGCUUCAGGGGCGGCGCCUUCAACGACGGCCUUGGCGGUGGUGUGCCCCAGCCCGCCAUGCCCCCACAGGCUCUGAACGUUCCGAUGUACGGCGGCGGCGGUCUUCAGCACCGAGCGAGUGCCGUCUUCAACUCGUACGGAGCGCCAGUAAACCAGAUGCAGCCCAUGCAGCAGCAGCCUGCAUAUGGCUCCAUGAUGCCUAUGACUGGCGCCCCGUCGAACCGAAUCGAACAAUGGCGACAGGGUGUUUUGCCAUAA